AUGACCACAGUUGCCCUGAAGCUCCUCACGGCUUCCAACCUGCCGCCUAACCUCAUAGAUCCCAAGGUUACGGUGGUGGCGAAGAUUGGGGAGUCCGAGAUCCGGACUCCGUACGGUGAGGCGAAUGUGAACAAUGGCUCUGUGCAAUUGGACUUUUUGAUUCGCGGGCCGCUGAGCUCGUCGGUAGACGUGGCGCUGCUGAACGGGUUGUCCGGCACGGAGGUGGCGUCGGGUACGAUUACGAAGAUUGUACCUGGCCCUCAGACGCUGGAGUUGAUCCCAUCGGGGUUGCUCGAGGUUGUUCUGGACCUGGCUCCUGUUGCUUGUGGCACGGCUAGCGUACAGCGGAUACCCUCGCUCAAUGUACACCACUACGCCCCUCCUUCCCCUAUUCAACACUCUGGACGCACCCAGUCCAGUACGACCAAUGGCUCUCAGCAGUACACGCAAUUUAGCGCCCAAGGUCAGAAGGUGCAAGCCAUCACCAGUCAGCUGAACACCAGUCAAGGCAAUCAGAUGGGCAACGCGCAAUUGGGCACUGCUCAGUUAACUGGUAGUCAGCUGAACACCAGUCAGAUGGCCAGCGGGCGCGAAUAUGUGGAGUCGAGCGCGCAGAAUUAUUUGACCUCCUCGCCGACGCUGCAUCCCUCGACGUCGCCGACGACGAGUGCGCGGCAGACAGCGGCAUAUACGCAGGGCACGACGUUCCAGAGCGUGCCGGCUUACCAUGGUUCGGGUUACGCCUCGUACGCGAACUCGUAUUCGAGCUUGGGCGGCUCGACGCCGAUCGCGCCCCAAAGCUACGGCCGUCUGACACCGAACGGCGCGUUGACCCAAGGCGGAGGUUUGGCGACGGGUUUUGGUGCCUCCUUUGCCCGCUCAAACAGCCCCGGCGGCGGUUACGGCUCCGUCGGUGGCUACUCUUACGGCGCGAGUUACGGAACGAGUACGCAGCACCAAUACCGCAAUAGCGUGGGCACAAGCAUUUACCCUCCGGCCCCGACGACCACCGUUCUGACUUCUACCGUCACCGACCCGUCCAGUCCGACUGGUCCGCUCCUAGGUCCGGUUGGAGGUUCCGGGUCUGUGAUGGCCACGAGUUCGGUCUUGACGGGUGGCCCUGGUGCGGGGAACUCCACUUCGGUGUUGACGGCUUCUGGAAACUCUCCCUCCGUCCUGGCGCCGGGUGCGCUACUAUCUUCCGGUUCUCUGAUGCCGCAUCAGUUAAUGCCCAAAACAUUGCAGGCGCAAAUGCAGCACCAUCAACUGCAGCUACAACAUGUUCGAAGUGCCACCACCACACCUGCGCGAUUGUCCGGAGGGUGGUCGACAUCUAAGCCUCCAAGUUAUCGCUAUGUCGGAAGUGCGCGUGAGAGUGAGGCAAACGCACCGGUUGUGAGUAUCGGAACACCAGCAACUAAAGCGCUAGUUAUCGAGGAGGAUUCGCCGCUACCGAGUGACCGACAGUUGGGUAGUUCGAGGCUCGAAGGGCCGCCGGAGCCGGAGGCGUUUCUAGCGCAGACUUCGCGUUCUGCAGGCGGAUUCGAAAAGACUCUACAACGCAAUUCUGUUGGACCGUGCACGGAACAUGUUCGCACCUUCUCCGGUCCGGCGGGAGCGGCUGCGUCUGUGGAGGUGUUUUGGCCUACGAUCAACCCGUUGGUUGAUAUGUUGCGGUUGAUUGAGGUCAUGGACCCAGUCCCGGCAAAUAAUUUUAGGUCGGUUGCAUUUACACUUGCACUUGACUCUUCGCCUAGUUCUCUAACACUUACAGCUGGUAAUAGCUGGUCCGUAAAGAAGGACAGCGCGCGAGUGAGUGGACUAGUGGUCUUCAAGGCGCCCUUCGACAUCAAUGGACGUCUUAAAUGUGUUAGUAUGGAUUCCUCUGACUCUUUCGAAAUCCCUUUGAAGCAACUUGUGCUGUCUGGCGUUGUUUGCUGCCAAGGACGGUAUCAACUUAGCGAUACAGAAUACGUGAAGUUCCGUGUGGCGCUGAGCGAAGCCGUAGUCCCAGCACCUAUGGUCAUACCUUCUGCGACUGGGGUCGAUAUCAUCCCUGUUCGUGACAGUUCAUUACGUGACAGUGCCCGGGAAAGCGCCCCCGGUGGUGAGUUGGCGUUAUGUCAUAAACGGGAGAUGAGUGCAGACGGAACUAAGAAGCUUGCACUUCGAAGUAACCGUCAUCUAUUUAAUGCCGAUGGUUUACCGAUCUACAAUAAGCUGAUAGUUUCUGUCAUUAAACUUGAAGGCUUCUCUCAGUGGGAGAACGUUGACUCACUCUUUAUACGUGCCUGUCUUGGCAGUGUUAAAGCCUUCCGUUGUCGACUUGAUAAUUGGCGUGCUGGACCGCACAACGAUAUCGAGUUUGUUUUCGAUUACCGCGGAAACAAGACUAUGAAAUUCACACUACUCACCGCUAAUGAGCAAAAGACGGUCCUAGGAGCUACCCAGAUGAACCUUGGAGCCCUACUCACUCUCAGCAAAACAAGUUUCCAUGGAUCCCUACCAGUCAACGACCCACAAACUGGUGACGUUUGCGGACGAAUGACCGUUGCCGUCACCUUCAGUCAUAGCCAACCCGCCACUCCUGUACCGCCAUUCAAAGCCUUGUCAUGGCUACAAGCUUUUACUGGAGGCAAACUCAUCAGAGUUGAUCUCAAGACACUUGUUGGACCCUUCGAAAAAGUACACGACCCACUUUUCUUCCGACUCUCCUGCGGCUCAGUCAAGAUCAAAUCCGCAAAGUUCUCACUACACCAUAACAGAAAUACACAAAUGCUCGACCUCGCCAACGAAUCACUCGAACUACCCAUCGACCAACCCCUACUCGCCGCCUCCGAACAAAAAGAUUUCAUUCUGUGUGUGUACUCCCGGUACAACAGCGAUACCGGCUGCCACACUGCUUCCCAUUAUAUUCGGCUGGCAUGCGGCAACUUUGUGGUGCCCAGUGUAGUUCCACGAGUCGUCGACUUCCAGGAAACUGUCAUGAAUGCAGCCAGUCCGGAGUUCUCGUCUGAGGAGUUCCUGCUCUCCUACAGCCUUGGAGUAUACUAA